UAUGUAUCCCCAACCCCUCGGGUUGGCAUGGCAUUAUGUGAGAAAUAAACCAACGAAAAUUGUCCCAACUCUCCUAGUGUCAUCCACAUCUAUCAAUGCUCAGGCUGAAAGGUCUAACAGCGGCGGCACGCCAUUGAAGCCCCUCCUUGGUCAGGUGAUUUCGAGUUGCCCCCUAUACAUCUCCCUCCUACUUUUCGUUCCCGUUUGCUUGCAUUUCGCGAGAGACUGCACAAAAUCCGUUCAAGUGUUGCCCACUUUGAUGGGGGGUCUGAUAAGGUUGAAGGUCGAGUGGUUGCUGCCUCUACAGCAAGGUCUCACACGAAGAGGUCGAGUGCCGCGGUGGGCUCGCCGCCGGCCAACAAGCAGCGGGCUGCCGCUAUUGGUGUGGAUAAUUGCUUUUUGCGAUCUGAUAUUCCUGCCCCCACACGCACUGCUGGUCCUUCUUUUCGAGGGCGUAUUGUUAAAGAGAAGACGGGUUAUAGAUAAGCGUUUUUGUCCUCUGACGAAGCCCUAGAAAUAGAAGAACACUUCGGCCAGCCCUCCCCCCCCCCUCCCAGCGCCUCCAUAGCACACCCCCUUCAUCUCACAAAACUGGUAAACCCGCCGGAUUCCUCUGUUGGAUCCGGAAAGAUCUCAUGGAGAAUAGGUCUUUCCUAGCCUCUGAUUGCUAUCCGGCCACCCUUCGUGCUUUUGAUCCCACUCCAAAAACCAUCAAGCUCAUCCGGGAAGGGAUUGGCCCCGGAUCCCUUUCUUUUGCUGAAGUGGUCAAACAAGGUGCGAAGAUGGCUGACCGUCGUGGUGCUAACCCUUCUGGUGUUGCUGGUCCAGCCAAGGGAGCGGUGCAGAAACCCGUUUUGGGUGCUGGUGGUUCUAAGCAGACGUUUGUUCCCGGUAAAGAUCAUGUCCCUCCUCAACGAUCAACUAGAUCCACUGGAUCCACCGCCACCUCCUCCCAAGUUCAAUCGUCUCAGGUUAAUGAAGUGGAAAAAGAGCAGCCUCUAGAUCCUAGGUACAAGGAUAUGAUCUGCUUUAAUUGUGGUGGUCCUGGGCACUAUGUGGGUAAUUGUGUUAGGCCUAAAGCUUAUUUUAUCUGCCAACAAUCCCAUAAUGUCAACAACUGCUCUGCUUGGUCUAGGGUUCAGCCCACUGCAGCUUUCUUUGGUAGUGGUGCUAGUGGCCUGGGCUUUAAUCAUGUUGAGGUUCCUGUGGCAAAUGAAUCCAAAUGGAUCAAUUUUCAAAACUGUGGUGUGGUUAACAUUACCAAAGGUGAAGUGGACAAAGAUAAGUUGGGGAGUCUUCUGACUGCUACAUUUUGUAAAACCAGAGCUUGGCCUUGGCAGAUUAGAGAGCUAUCCAAUAAAGAGUUUCUGGUCAGGUUCCCUCCAUGGAAGAAAGUAGAGGACUUAAUUGAACUUCAUGGUUUUAGUCUACCUCAGGAUGUAUCUGUCAAAAUGACUGAAUGGGCUGGGUCUUGUGACCCAUUUGGAGAACUAAUUGAGGCAUGGGUGCUGAUUGAAGGGAUUCCUCCUAAGUGGUGCUCUUGGAAAAUGUUUGCACAAAUAGCAUCUAUGUUUGGGGUGCUCACUGAUGUUAAUUGGAAUGGCAUGUUUAGAACAUUCUUUGAAAAUGUGAGGAUUAAGAUUGCUUGCAGAGACCCUAGUAAAAUUCCAUUCGAGAGAUUGAUUGAGAUGAAGAAGAAGCUAUUCCUGCUUGGUUUCACCAUAGAAGGCUUUGAGCAGGUGGGAGGCAAAGGUUCGGUGGUGGAAAUUGAAGAUGAGGAUGAGGAUGACAACUUUGAGGAAGGCAAUGGUAACCAGGAACAUCAUGAUCUACCGAAGAAUGAUGGUGAUGAUGAUCUCAUUGCCAUUGAUGAGCUUGAUAAAGCAAACCUUACAUCCAGGGGUGUCAAGAGUUCUUCUGCUGGGAAAAAAACCUGUAACACACUACCUGAUUGCCAGGGGGAUGAUCAGGAAAACUUCAUUCUAGAGUCCAUUUCAAGUAAGAUGAGGAAUGCUGAGGAGGGUGGUAUGGAUGGGAAGGUGUUUUCCCUUGAUAAGGAUACCCUGACUGACACAAUGGAUGGGGUUUAUACUCCUGAAAAGACCUGGUUCAAAAAAGAUGAUGAUGGUAACCAAAGUGGUAGUAUGAGCUAUUGCUUGGAUUUUCUGAAAUCAGUGGAUAUGUCUGUAUUUGAUGAUGAUGAAAGUGUGGAAGAGGAGGAAGUGGGAGUUCUCUCCCCUGGUUAAACGUUCACUGUGGAGACUUUGAACCAAGUCCAAUCUGGUGGGAACAAAGAAGACAAGAACCUAAAGUGGGGGCCUAUUAAAGCCUAGAAAGAUGAUACCAGGCUGCAUGGGAAUGCGGACAUAAUUAAGAAAGCUGCCCAAUAUAAGAUGAAGAAGAAUCUGGAGAUUCCUCCAACUUUCAAAGGAGCGAAAAUGGCGAAGCAUUCGCUGCAUCAUGGGCCUGGCGGGAGGGCUGAGGAGACAAUGGAAGAUCUUAUGCUCCGACGCCCAGGGUGUGCUUCUUCUCCGGUGCUUAAGGCUCUUGGGCCGGCGAAGAGGGGAAUUGCUUAGAAUAGCUUGGGAGGUGUGAAGUGACCGGAACUAUCUGUACUUACUCCUCUUUAUUUUGGCACCAGACGUUGGCUGGUCUCAUCUAAGUGCCUUGUAAUAGGGUAGUUUGCUAAAACCUUUCUGUGACAGCUACUUUGGCUGUUGCCGAGCGCUGUACAAUGUCCUGGUCAUGCUGGUUUCGCCUUUGCUUUUUAAUAAAAGCUGGGGCAGGGGGGAAACCCCUAUCUUUUCAAAAAAAAAAAGGA